CCAGCCGGCCCACACAGUGCUGAAAGCGAACGCGCGCCACUCGGCGGUGGCAGUGGACAAACUGAAGGAUUAAUUAAGGACCUGCUUAACCAGCUUAAUCAGCAGCCACAUCUCCCAAAUCUACAACUGCUAAAUGUCCAAAGUGUCAUCUGGUGGUCCCUCCAUGGCGGCCAAGCUGCUGGCCAUAUUGCUCCUGCUGGUGGCAACGGGAGUGCAGGCGCGGCGUCUGGGCCACCGACGCCUCAUCAUCCACGUGCCGGUCAAGGUGAAGACGCACCACCACACCCACACCGUGUACAAGGUGCUCCACGGAUCACAUGGCGGCGGCGGAGGUGUGAAGCAAACGGUGUACAAAGUGCUCGGCUUCUCCACACACGGAGGUGGCAUUGCCAAGGGCGGCGGCGGAGGAGUAGGAGGCGUUGGCCAUGGAGGCCACGGAAGCUACGACAUGGGCAGCAUGGGAGGAAUGGGACACGGCGAAAUCACAUACGAGGACAUGCACGGCUGCGAGAGCGGCAAGGUGAUUCCGGCGGCAAGGGACAUGAUUUUCAAUCACUACUCGCGGCACGGCCAGAGCGAUGGAACUGCCGAGGAUUACGCCGAGGAGCUGGACGACUUUGUAGACCUAAGGGAUGGCUGGUUGUGAAUAAAGAGACGUGUGCGCAAA